AUGCCGCUCAAAGGCGAGCAGGCGGGGAACUUCCCGCGCUACCUCAGUCCGACGCACCCACGCAUGGGAUAUGUGGAGGAUGCCGCCAGCGGUGUGGACGGUGUUCAUCCCAUUGACCUGACGAUAUCGCACCGGUCUUGUAACCAAAACUUGCCUCCCCUGAAGCGCUACUGGCGCGCGCGCAGUGUCCGCCGUAACCUUGCCCAGACGAGCGAACUGGAUGAACUGAAGAAUCAAACGCAUGCGCCGAAGAGCCUGUCGUGGUCGAAUACCAACGCAGCCCACACCAGAGAGAACGACUUUACGUACAUUUCCGGACCAAAAUACUUCUUCCAGCAGUUUGUGCGCCAGUACCCGAUCGCGGCCUUCUUUGUUUGGACGUUCCUGUUCCUGGUGGAGCUUUCCAUGGUGGUGCUCUACAUUGUGCAGUCCACCAUGAGCUACAACGUCACCUGGGUCCAGUACGACGCCCGCGAGCGCAGUGGGUGGUUCUACGCCCGCUCCCUGCUCUCGUUCAUCUCGCUUGUGCAGAUGUUCUUCGCCUACUCGCUGAGCGUGAUGACUAUCACGGUGGUGCUCAUCACGUCCAUUUACCAAAUCGUCAUCUUCUUCGUGUCCAUCCCGUCGCAUCUCGGGUGGGUCAGUCGCCUGUACGUUCCUUACUUCAUGCGGUGCUGGCCGAUGCGGCAGUACUUUCUCUUCAUCCUCGACUCAGUCGCACUGAUGUUGCCGCGCAACCGCAAGCUGGACCUGCUACGGCUGGCUGCCGGCCCUCUGACCCUCUUUAUCUGCAUGGUGUUCACUGCCUCUGGUGCCUUUCGCAUCGACCAGUGCUUCCAGGGGUACCCUAUGAACGUGGCGGUGUCCAUCUACUUCGUCAUUGUCACUGUGUCGACGGUCGGCUUUGGCGAUGUGGUGCCUAAGACACCGGAUGGCAAAGCUAUCACCAUUGUCAUCAUCUUCGUCUUCAUUGCGAAGAUGCCGACGUUUAUCCGCGUCAUCCGCUCGACAGCGAAGAUUUUGAAGGCGUACCGCUCCUAUACUGGGCGCAAGAACCACUUUAUUGUGUACGGCCACGUCAACCGCGAGGAGGUCAUCUCGAUUUUGGACGAGGUGUUUUGCCUGUAUCCCAUGAAGUCCGUGUGCUUCUGCAGCAAAGAGUUUGCGCCGGACGUGCUGUCGAUCGGUCGGCACCCUACCUACCGGCUGCGCAGCACGUUCCUCAUUGUGGACACACUGGACGCCUUUGCGUUGCGUCGCAUGAAGGCACAAAAGGCGUCGGCAGUCAUCAUCUUCCCCAUUCGCGAGGGCUACUCCUCACGCGUCGAUGAUGACGUGAUGCUGGCGGCCAUCAUCUUUGAGCGUUUUGUGCCAAAGGUGCCGCAGUACGUGUGGUUGCGCUACGGCCUUCACGCAAAGCUGCUGAAGGGGCAGCGCUCCUGUGUGAUCGAUGAGCACAUGAAAAAGAACAUAAUGGCGAGUGCGCUGCUGCUUCCGGGAAUUGUGCCAUUCUUGGUGAAUCUCGUACGCACGGCGUGGGCCGAGGGCGAAGAACCGGCAGAUCUGUGGACAGAGAAGGGCGUCGAUCAGUGGAAGCCUCAAUACGAGUACAGCCGGCGCAACGUGAUCAGCACAUGCCCGGUGCCGCUGCGCUUUGUAGGCGCGACGUUUGGGCAGGUGGUAGCAAGCUUCAAAUACCGCGACGUGCUCAUCGUCAGCGUGGAGGACAACGCAAGCAAGGCCAUGCGCUUUGAGCUUAACUACCGCCUGGAGGAGCAUGAUGUCCUGAUGGCCGUGUACGAGCGCACGCGCAACAGUCUGUCGCGCGCGCUGGAGGAGUUCAACUCCCCUGGGCCACUGAACGAGGCGGUCAGGGAGACGUACGGGGCCCACUUCCGCCAGGAUCUCGACAGUGGCGAGCUUCUGCACGAGAAUAUGAACUCCUCCUUUGUUUUCUACCCAUACAAAAGCUCCGCCUCUCUGUGCGACAUGGCGCCGCUGCAGAGCGCCGUAGCCACCGGUGGCGGUGCAGCAGACAAAGAGGACGACCGGGCCGUCAAGUCCGAGGACGAGGUGAUAUCCGUCGAGGAGGUGCGGCAGGCGCUCAUGAACGUCGCAGAUGUCGUGCGUGCCCCGUGCGGAAUUCCACUCGCUUCGCUGCAGCUGCGUCGCAAUACCACCUCCCACCUGUGGUACCUCACGCGGCGUCACCAAAGUCUUCUGUCGGACUCGACCAUGCCAGCUAAGGAUCUCGAGGAGGCGCUUCGCUGUGUGACGGACCAGAUCAACACAACGAUCCUCAAGGCCGCUGACGCGUACCUCUCGGCGAUCUCUGAGCAUGACCGCCAGGCAAUGGAGUUGAAGCACCAGGACGAGGUCUUUCUCUUCAUUGACCAGACUAGCUCUAUUCUUCGCAAGACGACCACGUCCGUUUACGAGGACGUCAUUUCGCAGACGAUUGCGCAGUACCAGCUGUACGUGAUGAUGCAGUGCAUCUGCGCCGUGCACUCCCAGUCCCGCCUGACUCUCCUGACGCUGCGCAAGUAUCCGCCCCAGUUUCUGCAGACCUGGAAAGAGAUCUUUGGCACACCACUGCGCUACAUUCGCGGUCAGGGCUCGUUGGACGCGCACCUAAACUACGCCUUGACGGCGGACACGGACGUCACCAAUGUGCGAGGCAUUCUCUUGUACUGCUCACAGAUGGGGCCACGCGACUUUGGUGACGUUCCCAUCUUUUCCGUCGAGAACAGCGUGCGCGAUUUGCUGGAGUGGAACGAGCAGACGCGGAAUGGACUGAGGGGCGCGCGUGAGCAGAACAUCGUCGUAGAACUACAGUCUUUCCUCUUCUCUAUUAAGGUGUCGCCCUUCCACACCGACGCAGUGUGGCGCUCGCGUGGCGAGGAAAACUUUCAGGAUACACUUGCCUUUAUGAUGGGCCGGUUUUUUUCCUCGAACAUGCUCUUCACGAUUCUCAUCCAUAGCCACCGUGACUCGCGCAUCGUCAAGUUCUUCGAGAUGGCCCUCAACCUCACCUCCACUGCGGAGAUGUUUGACAAGGCGGUGUGGACAAACCGCACGGCACAGUCACAGACGCUUUUCAAGUUGUGCGGUAACCAGUCCCUGCACUUUCUGACCUUCGGUGACGCGUUCGAGUUUCUUCUCUCGAGGCGGCAGUGUGUGGCGAUCGGCGUGUUUCGGUUGUUCCCGGCAUCCGAGAUGCUGAGCGGCACGCCUCGCUACUUUGUGACCAACCCGCCGAUGUGCAUGCCGCUGCUGCUGGAGGACAUCAUUUACUGUCUGGACGGCAGCUUGAACAUGAUGCGAACGUAG